AUGCACACCGUAAGGAGGUCUUCUAAGGCCCCCCGACACACCCCCCCUGCGGGGGGUAAAGGUCGCCCAGUCCCAGCACGCGCCCCAAGAUGGGGGCCAGUUUUACCCCGAAGUUGUUUUAGUAUUUUGGUGACCAACGUGCAGAGCUUCCGGCCGGUAGAGUCAGGUCCAGGCGGGAACAGGAGUCCCCCUACGCCCUGUCACCCCUCCGACCACCAAAAAUCGGUAUGGUCACCCAAAUUCCCUGAAACCCGCUCCCGUCAGCGACCCCUUUUUAACAACCCCCAGUACAACACAUAUGAAUCCCCAAGGAAACAAUCCUGCAGGAGCCGGCCCCCCCCCCGAAAAGCCUACGUGUUCUUCACAGCUUCGUCGCUGACACCCCCCCGGGAAACCCUUACCACGUCCCAGAUCCCCCAUCGCAGUCCUGCAUCACCCCGGUUCAACCCCGAUCGUGGACGGGGACUACGCGCCCCCGACCGUCACACCUACAGCCCCCGCCGUUUCCCCCCCCCAGAGCUUUGGGUGCGCGAGUUUCCAGCGCGACGAAGCCCAUCAACGUGGAACGACCCACCACACACCCUAAGCACCACAUCGUUUACGAUGGACCCCCCGGUCUUUUCCCCUGAGGCCACUCGACCAGAUGCUUCCGCAGCAAAGGGAGAAUUUUGA